UAGAGGAUCUUUAGUGUAGGCUUACUUGUAGCUGUCUAACCUUCUACUACUGUAGGUUAUAUGGCUACCAAUGUGUGAAAUGAGGUCUGUUUUCUCGUUUAAGGAUAUUUGAUCUUACAGUGAAGUCACAAGUCUUCUUCUGAAGAUAUGAAGUGUGAUUUGUGAACCUCUCUGGUGGAAAUUGUUGCCUUUGUUAUAGUGGGCAAGGAACGAGUGGCUCUUGUGAAAUAUUGGUGAUGGACUCAAGUCUGUUGGGAAUAGUCAAGAAGAUUACUGCAUAUAUUCAGAAAGCACAACUCUGGGUGUUACACAGGGAGCUUGAACCUCUAUUUGUUGUGUUACUACUGCACUCUUCUGCUUUUUUCAGCAAAAUGUCCUGGUGGAUUAGCAGCUGGCUACCUUCCUGGUGUCCAACUUCCACUAGCCAUUUGAAAGAUGCUGAAGAGAAGAUACUACUCCCCGUAAAAAGUAAAUUCUCCAGGCAGUAUGUGCCUAUCUCAAAUCAGAAUGUGCUGUCAACGCUGGCCUUUUGUGAGAAAGCAGGCAACGAGUCCACCCCCUUGGUUCUGCUGCAUGGCUUUGGGGGAGGUGUUGGGCUGUGGGUGCUCAACCUGGACGCCCUGUCCCAGCAGAGGCCAGUUUAUGCCUUCGACCUGCUGGGCUUUGGCCAGAGCAGCCGGCCAGAUUUCAGUAGCGACGCACAGGAGGCCGAGCUGCAGUUUGUGGAGUCCAUUGAGCAGUGGAGGACCGCUGUGGGGCUGGAGAGCAUGGUCCUGCUCGGCCACAACCUGGGCGGAUACCUGGCAGCAGCAUAUGCCCUCAAUUACCCAGCCAGAGUCAAGCAUCUGAUCUUCGUGGAACCGUGGGGUUUCCCUCAGAGGCCUGACCCCGGAGACGAGGACCGACCCAUCCCCAUCUGGAUCAAGGCCUUGGGAGCCAUGCUGAGCCCCUUUAACCCUCUGGCAGGGCUCAGGGUUGCUGGGCCACUAGGUCCAGCUCUUGUACAGACACUGAGGCCAGACUUUCAGAAGAAAUACGUAUCUGUGUUUAAUGAUAACACUGUGACAGACUACAUAUACCAUCUCAAUGUGCAAACUCCAAGUGGUGAAACAGCCUUCAAAAACAUGACAAUACCCUAUGGCUGGGCCAAGCGGCCAAUGCUGCAGCGAAUUGGCCUGAUCCAUGCGGACAUCCCCAUGACUAUCAUCUAUGGCUCUCGCUCCAGCAUAGAUGGCUACUCUGGCAACUCUAUCAAGGAGCUGCGACCAGAUUCCCAUGUGGAGAUUAUUGCUAUCCGUGGGGCUGGCCACUACGUGUUUGCAGAUCAGCCGGAUGACUUCAACCAGAGUGUGCUGCAGGUCUGUGAGACGCUGGGCUGAAAAGGAGCAGGUUAGGGGAUCAUCUCCCAGAGCAGCCCCAGCUAGAGGUGCUCGCUCUUUGGCUUUGUAAAAGGACUGUGUGCCCCUAAUAAGGACACAAGCCUUCCUCCAAGUGCCUUCAGAGAAUCACAUUGCCUUUGAAUUGGUAGUUCCCCUGUGAGGCCUUUGCAUAAGAGGUCUGUUUUAGGGAGAAGAAUGAACAUGAACAGUGUUUUGAUUGUUGCGACUGGGAUUUCAAUUUUGUGUUUAAAAAGGCUUGUCGCUGACUUUGUUGGAAAGCAUGCCUACAGAGGUUAAUUUGUUUUUGAAUAUACAUUAUGUAAAUUAAGUAUUUUAUUUGCACGAAACAAUUGACAUAAUAUGUGAACAGUGCCUGUCUGACACAGACAUAAUGCCUGAUAGAUUCAGAGCACAGAGUUGAGUAAGAUAUAAGACUCACUAAAACAGUAAAUAUGUAAUAUUUAGCUCUAUAUGGACCACUAUGUGUAAUUCAGAGUAUCGCCAGAGAAAUCAUUUGACAUUUACUGUAGAUACAGUAAGUGGAAUGUAUAAUUUGCACAUUUCACUUGUCAAAUUAUGAAAGUAUGAUUAUCCUUCUGUAUAUCUUUCAGGUUGUCAUUGUGGUAAUGCAUGGUCUAGAUGAGGUAUCAGAAUAUGGCUCAACCAUGAAACAUGUCACCUGUACAUUAUUAAUUACUCAAUGGAAGAGGUGAAAUUGCACAGAAAAGCUGUAAUUCUUACUAAUAGCUAUAAAGUCCUGGUAUUUUAAUCUGUCAGAUGAUUGCUGUCAAACAACUGCUAGGUCUGUCUGCUGCCCUUUGGACUAACCCUUGGACCGCUCCCUUGUUUCACUAUGAGUCUAAGAAAGAAUAAUAAGCCUUUAGCAGAUAUGUAACAAGGUAAUAAUUAUCAAUCUAUAUAGGCUCAAAUUAAUUCUUAAACCGAUUCAGUUUGCAUCUCAUCUGCUUGACGAUUACAGCUCAUAUUGAGAGCACAGAUUAUGGGAUGGAUCCCAGAGGAUUCUCCCUGGGAUCACCAUAUCACCUGUUUCAUCAUACCAUAUAUAUAUAUAUAUACUUUCCAAGACUACUAGAUAUGAGACCUCCCAAAGAACAUUGUAACCAAAAUCAGCCAAAAGCUACAUAACAAUAUAAUGUUCAUCAUGGAAAACUCAUCUGUCUACCUCAUGCAGGACUCGGUAGUGACUACUGUGAAAUGUGGCCAUUUAUUUAAAUAACGCCACUUAUUAACAUACACACUCACACACACAUUUCUGUAAAUAACAAAAGUGUGGCUAAUUUCUAUACUCUGUUGCCUUAGAUACCAUGGGGCUGGGCUCAAACCUGUUGUAAAACUCAGAGCCUCAGACUCAACAUUGUAACAGGACUGUGGUGAACUUGUGUGUUUCAUGACUAAUGAUGACUGCUGUGGUGCAGAAAUAGGCUUGAACUAUAUUUUGUGUCUAACAAGGGCUCCCUUUUUGAGAGAGUGUGUUCUGUGUCAAAUGUUAUGAAUGUGAAAGUGUUAAACAAAUAAACCUUUCUUGCAUUUGAAUAA